AAUUUUAAAAAGUAAAUUGCGUCAAAUCUUGGAACAUUUUUGUGACAAGCAGAACCUCAGGCGGGGUUGUGUUUCCGCCCGAGCCCAGAAAAGAAGAGCACUUUAAACGUGUGCUGCCGAUCUGUUUCUUCUGUCUCCACCGCCGGUCCAACAAAUCUGAGCAAAUUGGAUAAAAUACGGAAUAACAGCGGAUUAUUUAAAUGGAGAACGAUAUAAUUGUUUCUCUAGAAGACCUGGGAUACCAGGGCCCGCUCCUGGAUGAUGGCUCCCUGGACUCGGCCUCUUCGGGUGGAGCCACUUCUCCUGAAUUCACUAAACUGUGUGCGUGGCUCGUGUCAGAGCUGCGGCUCUACUGCAGACUGGAGGAGAAUGUCCACGCCACCAACUGUCCCAGUGAAGCAGAGGGCUUCCAGCUGGAGAUGAAUGGACUUCUGUCUGAACUGAACUGUCCUUAUCCAGUCCUCACCACAGGAGACCUCAGCCAGAGAUUCCUCCAGAAGAACCACUGUCUGCUACUUCUCUCGUUCCUGAUCUCGGAGCUGGAGGCCUCCCGGAUGUCCCUGGUGAACUGCCCCGAGAGUCGAGCUCCGGACGGGGGCAAAGCUCACGACGGCAGCCCCGUGUUCCAGGAGCUGAAGGGGAUCUGUGUGGCUCUGGGCAUGUCCAAACCUCCAUCCAAUAUCACCAUGUUCCAGUUCUUCACUGGCAUCGAGAAGAAGCUGAAGGAAGCCUUAAGUCGAGUCCCUCCAAACCACGUGGGAGAACCUCUCCUGAAGAAGCCUCUGGGCCCAGUGCAUUUAGAGAAGAUCGAGGCCAUAAACCAGGCCCUGGUGAACGAGUACGAGGUCCGGAGGAAAAUGUUACUCAAGAGGCUGGACGUUACAGUGCAGUCGUUUGGAUGGUCAGACAGAGCCAAGACUCACUCGGAGAAGCUAGGCAGAGUGUACCAGCCCCUGCGCUCCGUCCUCGUGGCUAAAAGCAGGAUUUCUGUGGCUCACCUUUUGGCCGCUAGACAAGACUUCUCCAAAAUCCUCCGAACGAGCAGCGGCAGAAUCAGGGAGAAGACGGCCUGUGCCAUCAACAAGGUUCUGAUGGGCAGAGUCCCGGACAGAGGAGGACGGCCAUGUGAAAUCGAACCCCCACCUCCAGAGAUGCCCUCGUGGCAAAAGAGACAAGAUGCCCCGCAGGGAGGGCAAUACGGAGGGGGCAGAGGCGGGUACCAGGGGGGAGGAGGAGGAGGGUACCAGGGGGGAGGGGGGUACCAGGGGGAGGAGGAUACCAGGGGAGGAGGGAGGGUACCAGGGAGGGGGCAGGGUGGAGGUUAUGGGGGAGACAGAGGACAUUAUGGGGGAGGGGGAGACAGAGACAGAGGAGGUCGGGGUGAGCACCAUGGAGGAAGAGGAGGAGGAGGAAGAGGAAGCCGAGGCAGAGGAGGCUACAACCAGCAGCAGCAGUACAGCCAGUCCAACUACCAGGACACAGGAGGCAGAGGAGGCUACAGCGCCCCCCAGCCGCAGUACCCCGACCAGGGCUUCAACAACAGCGGAUACCAGGGCGACCGGUCCGGAGGUCACCAGAGCGAGAGGGGAGGAGGAGGGGGAGGAGGGGGGAGAGGCAGAGGUGGGAGGGGGAGGGGGUCUAGGGGAGGAGGAGGAGGAGGGGGGGGCUGGGGAGGGAGAGGGGGAGGGCAUCAGGGAGGAGGACAGUUUGAGCAGUUCUUCCAACACGGAGGACAACAGUACAACCAAGCGGGGUUCAGCCAGGGCCGCCAGUACACAAGCUGAGGAACGGCUCCCAGUACUACUAACUACAACGGUUACCAUGGGAACGGGGCGGUGCUGGAGUGGAUUAAGAUGAACUCAACUGUGAUUGGUUGGUUCUGCUGUCAUCAACCUUCAGUUAUUUAUAGUUUAUCAUUAGUGUUAAAAGUGCAUCUUUCUGGUGAAGGGUCUUCCAUUUGCUCGUCUCCAGAGAUGAAACAUGAUGUUGCUUUGCCUGGAAUGUUCUGCAGUAUGGCAUUCAACUUGCAUCCUGUAACAUUUUAUUCCAAAAUAAUAAUAAAAUAACUCGGCAUGGGAGCAUAAUCUGUUUGUCACCAUGAAGAUGACUUUAAUGCCAUACUGUGAAACAUUCCAGGCAAGACUAUGAAAUCUCUAUAGAGACAGGCAGACGGCAGACCCCAAUCUGUUGGAUCAGUUCUGUUCGAUUUUAGUUUAAAGGAAAUAAAUGCUGUUUUCAGACUGGUAUGGGCAGAUACAUAAAGCUCUAGUAUUUCUACAGUUUACUAUCAAAUCAGUAUCAGAAGUAAAGAAGCUGGAUUGGUGCAUCUGUAACAAUGAUUUAUGGAUUUACAAUAAGUAUUACAGCAUUAGUUAGUAGAUCUGCACAAACUACCAUAUUUUUCAGACUAUAUAUUGCUCUGGAGUAUAAGUCACACCAGCCAAAAAAUGUGUAAUGAAUAAGAAAAAAACAUAAGUCACAUUUUUGGGGGAAAUUCAUUUUUUAAAAUCAGAGACCAGGAACUGACAUUUCAUGUUGAAAGUCAAGUUCUAAUAAUAACACAAGAGAGAACAACAGACUGUUAACGUCACAUAUGAACAGUUCUUCAAAUAACUAUAGCAUAAACAACAGAACAGGUUUACUAAACUCUCCAUCUCACUCCAAAUCACUAAAUCCAUUCAAUUCUUCAUCCUCGGUGUCACUUCUGAGCAACUUGGCCUCGACCUCCGGAGGUAAACAGAGCAUCGCUUCUGUGUUGCUGUCAUCAGACUCAGCAUCAGUUCCAAUUCCCAACAGGAUGGUUUCGGUUGUAUUAGUUUGUUUAAAUUUAAAAAUGUUCAGAGGUACAGAAGUGAAGGUGCGAUUGACUGACAUGACACAUGCACGACAGAGGCUCUUUCUGCAGGAGACAUGUGCAGUAGAGUGAAGAGACAGUGGUACAGGAGUAAUAGUAGUACUGAUACUGACACACAAGACUAGAGUGGCCUUUAGCAAUGGUCAGCGUGAACACUUUAAUAUAUAAGUCACAGUACCACCCAAACCAUGAAAAAAGUGCGACUUAUAGUCCGAAAAAUAUGGUAAUUGAAAAUAAUUAUUGAUAUAUGCAAUAACUCCAGAUUUUUGCCAUAAUUUACGUGUUAUUAAUACCUAAACAAAAUUUGAACAAAAAAUACAGCAGAAAUGAGCCUUUUAUGACAUUACACAUUUUAAGAAUGUGUAAAUGAGCAGAGAGGAGUGUGAUUCAGUGAGGUUGGAUAGAUGUUAAAGUAUUUGGACUGUUGGCCGCUCUUCUUCAGUGCCACAUAAAUGAUGAGUGUGUGCUCUUUGGAGUUUCAUUGAAAAGGUCACAUUUGAGCUUCCAUUAUUUCAUGACAUAUUGUGCAGCCUUAUGACUUGUUUGCUCAUCCACAAAGUUUAUUAAUCACAAAUGCCCCGGGGCAGACUAACUCAAGUGUGGCUGCUUGUUCAGUACCGGCAGUGCAUUCGUAGAUGAGGUCGAUGAGAUGUCUUGCCAAAGGACACAAUGAAAUAAUACGACAAACAUCAGAAAUAAAUGAUCUACCUGGACUAAGCCUUCAUCCACUUUGUCAGUAAUUAGACAGUAAGAAAAUGAACCAUUAACUACAAAUGCAAAACCGAGUUCUUCAGUCCACUCUAGCACCAACAAACCGUCAAACUGUAACUCUCCCUUUGCUCAGCCCUGACCCUCUUUCUGUUAAGAUCUGUGUUAUAAUGUAGUUUCCGCAUCACAAACUCACCUGGAGUUGUUUUGUUUCAUUCCCACAUGUUUAACACAAACUCUGCAUUUUGCUUAUAUGUCAUGAGGUAAUACAGGAACUUCUCUGCUGUGUUUUUAAUUUCCAGACACCUUCACCGGAAUAUUUCGAUAAUUUCAAUCAAUUUCGACUAAACAAAAGGUCAAUGAUAGCUGUUAACUUGAAAACUACCACCUUAUGACAUCACAAGGUAGACUGGAGCAUUUAGAACUUUGGAGAUGUAGACACUCAAACGUGUGAAUGAAAUAAAAGACAACUCCAGGUCUGUUUUUGAGGAGGGAACAACAUUAUAACAUGGUAUAUUAAGGUCAAAAGAGUCCAUUUUGUGUAAU